AUGAUCGUCUUCAAGAUCGGUUCUCAAGAUGACGGCAAGAGACAACUCCAUCCCGCCCCUGGCCGGGCAUGCGACCACUGCAGAUACCGGAAGAUGAAAUGCGACAGACGAGAGCCGUGCGGUCCCUGCCAGGACACACAAUCAGCCUGCACGUAUGCAUCUAUGCCAAAGCGCAAAGGUCGACCGCCUCGAAAGGAUCGACAGCAAAGCAAAGAGAAGCCCCAGCAGGCUCAACUACGGGAUCAGCCGUCGCCAGCUUCAGCAUGUUCAUCAUCACCCAGAAGUGGAUUACACAACCCUCCGGAAUUCGGCUCGAAGGUGGCAAUCACCUCCCCUCCAAACAAGUUGCCAAGCCUAAGACACCGGGAUCGUUCUGGCACUCAUUCUGAAAACAGCCUCGAAGCCUGCACCUUGGCAGCAUCCCCUGAAAGCAUGCCAGAUACCAGGGGUGGCCCAUUCCCUAUUCCGACCAUCUCCUUGGAAAGCCUCCAACCUGGUCUCGAGGCACAACCCCAGGAGCUGAACAUGCCGGCCGCAUAUCCCCUCUCAGAAUAUGCCCAUUGGACAAGGGUGUUUCUUCUACGACUGUAUCCGGUCUUUCCCAUCAUGGACCCAGGCUGCUUGCUCAGCAAACUAGCGCUGCCACAGGGGCUCGUGUCACCGAGCCUUGGCAGGUUCUUUGCCGCCAUGUCUGCUGCUGUCAUUGUUCAGUUGAAUCUCACAGACCCGAGCGUGGACGGGCUCGACGUCGCUCAGACUUCUGGACAGGUAUUGUCUUUGCGGCUCGCGGACAAGUACAUCAGCCAAUGUUUCGCUGGUCGUCAUGACAGGUCUUACAUCGAAGAUGCGGAUGAAUGGACGAUUAUGGAGUCAUUUUUCAUAUUCUCCUAUUAUGGAAAUUGCAACAAGAGUAAACAGGCGUGGUACCACUUGAGAGAGGCGAUAAGUUUCGCUCUGGCGUUGGGCCUGAACCGAGAGGAGUCUUACAACGACCCGAGCUUGGAGGUCAAUGAACGAAGGAGGCGCCUUUACUGGGCGUACUGCCUUCAACACCGAACAACACCCAUAUUGAGAGCAUCCAUCGCCUUGCCCAGGAUAUAUGAUGGCGCAGAUGAGCCAACGCUGUCCGGCUUUGUCAAGUUGGCAAGGCUGUUCAACACCAUAGACACUGAUUUUGUAUGCUCCUGGAGCGAAGGUUAUCUCAAAGGAACCAACGACUCAGUGGCUAGAUUAUUGGACCCGGAUCAAUUCUCCACCAUGUCUCUGGCGUCUAUCAUUGACGAGACCCAGAGGGUCGACGUCGCAGUCACACAAUGUUGGCUCCGAACUCUCGUUUGUCAGCUUCAGAUCCGUUCCAACGAGUCGCAUGGCCAGGGGGCGGCCACUCUGGUACGUGCUGCGGCGCGCGACUUGCUUAAUUGCUUUAGCGCUGCCAGACUGGAGAUCUUGGGAUCUCACGGCAUCGGCAUGGAACAAAAAAUAUCGGAUAUUGCAGGUUUCCUCUGUGACCUAUUGCCCAGGCAACCACCAGAACACCUGAUUGGGGGUAUGGAUUCUAUCCCUAAUCUUCUGCACAGCUUCAUGUGUCUGCUGGCCAAUUUUCGAAAUCAGGAGUCUUGCUACUUGGGUCCAUUGGCUGAGAGAGCCACAGCGUUGCUUAUGCAAAGAGAGACGGGCAGAGCUAUUGAGUCGUGUGACGAAGUAGACCAAGAAGGGUAUGACAGUAAUGAUGAGGUUCCAGACGGGGUCUGGCAGAACGUCCCAUAA